AUGCCGCUUCAAGCUGUGGAUCCAACCGUGCCGUCUCUGAGCGCGAGUGUGGCCCAGAUGGGAAGCAUCCGUCAAGAUGACCCGUUCUUGUGGGAUGCAGAAACCCUCUCAGGGGAGAUUUGUUUCCAAAAUACCCCAUGGAUAAAAGACCCAGCUGCGCUAGCUGCAAAGCUGAUUGAUAAUGAUAUUGACGGGCGCACCUUACUCACUUAUGAAUUCUUACUGUCAAAGGCGGAGUUGAUGGAAUGCCUCAAUCUGAAAGCGGCCCGAAGCAAAGCAGACUUGGCAGAGACGAUUAUCAACUUUCGGGCAAGAAGCAAAAGUUUUCGAUCGUGGAAAAAGACCUUCUUGAAGACUCAGUCCGCGCUCCUAUCCGACGAUGAGCAAGAUGAUGUGAAGACAGAGCUCUCGCCCAUACCGCCUGUGAAGCGACCCUUGGAUCCGACACCCACUCCAAACGCUCGAAGCAUCUCAACUCAGUAUGAGCCACACGGAACAGUCGAAGCGCCGUCGGUAAAUGCUCAAAUCAUUAAAGUCUUUGAUGGCGCUCUACUUGAACCUGAUGGGGACCUUUCAAUGCAAUUGGAUGGCGAUGCAGAUUCUAUCACCAGGGUCGAUUCUGCCAAUGGACUCUCAUCAAUUGCUUCUCAAGCUCCUUCCCAUACUUCAGCGGAUGAUCGAGCCAGCGAAGAAAAAUCUUGCAAGCGGAGACGCUUGGAGCCGAUGAAUUUGAGCGCAAAGCCGUUGGCCGACCCAAAUUCCCUUUCUCUAUUUCAAUCCGAGUCCUUCAAUCUGAUUGAAGCAGCCAAGAUACCAAGUAAUAGUGGCCAACGCUCAAUUUUGGAACCCAUUUCAGAACAUUCCUAUCUAGGGAGCGAGAGAAUCUAUCGUCAAGAUAUCCUGUCUUCUAAUGGAACUCCAGACUACCCUUGGAAUGAUCUUGGUGGAGGCGGAUUUGCGAUUGUGACUCCAAGCCAUGCAAAACCUCCUGGGCGGAGGCUUGUUGUCAAUCGCAUGCUACGGAUGCGCUUUCUCAAAAAUUCUCAGAAACAAGCUUCGAUGAAGCGCGGAUUCAUUCCUCUGCAGUCGCCAACUCCUUCUGACGGAAGUGAGGCGGUCAUAGACUUGGAUGCCCUGCCUGACUCGUGGGAUGAACUGACACAGCGAGAGAUUGAUGAUGAGAAAGCAGAAAUUGCAGCAAAACAACAUCAGCCUGACACUAACAUAUCGAGAGAGCGCGCGGAGGUUAUCCUCAAAGAGGAAUUGGCUGCUAUGGAAGCAAAUUGGAAAGAAAAGAAGCUGCCCAAGCGCGAACGCCGAGCAUAUAAAGACUGGAUGGGUGUCAAAAGAACAGGGCAGGCCAAGAAGGAGAUUCUCGAGAGUCGAAAACGCGCGGAGCACCUCGAUGGGCGGAUAAAAAAAUUCUAUACGGGGAUACUCAGCAGCAGAUGGGACAAAGAGAGCGAUCUCCGUGAUCAAGCUGCCACUAUGGAGACGAGCUUGAUCGACAAACUUGAUACAUUAUGGUUCAUUUCGCUUCUUGAGAGGCGCCAUCCCCCUCCAAAGCCUCUGGGGCUUCCGAUGCCGAAGUCUUCAGCACCAAAGGUGCGCCUAGAAAAUUCGGACGAUGAACUAUUGACCAGUUCAGAUGAAGAAGGUUUCAUUGUACCUGACAACGACCGCGAUGUGGCCAUGACCGACGGAGACUUUUUUAAGAGCACUCCCGCGUCGCCACGAGAACGGCGUAUCCGCGAAACAAGCCACCCCUUGUCUGAAGUUGACGCCUCCAUGGUUAUCGAUCUCACACAGGUAGAAUCUCUACCAGAUCGUCAGGAUCGCGAGGCGACAAUAGAAUGCAUCGAUUUGACAAUUUCUCCGGUCAAGAAACAGGUGGACGACGCCCCUCUUCUCAUUAAAGAAGAGCCAAUCUAUUUGACAGAAGAAGUCCCGCCUAUGGCUCAACUGGGAAGCUUGGAGAAGAUUGGCGAGACGUCUGCAAAGCACUGGGCAAAAGCAAAAGACCGUUGGCGAUUGGUUCUCUGUCUGCUGUGGAAGCUUAUGCAAGCCCGCCGUGAGCCGAUUCUCCAGGCAAUGCAGAAAUUCACCGCAGAAGAGGCCUGGCAGGCGUUUGUAGCCUCCUACAUAGCAAAUCCCUUUACGAAGGAGUCAGAUAUCGGAAAAGAUCAAGCAAAUACUACAGCUUUUGACCUCACAAAGCUGUUCUUAAGCUUCUGUCAGUGUCGCCACUACGCAGAUGAUCGGAUCCUGGCUUUGAAGGAGAAGGACCAAAACCGUCUCAACCGUGCAAAAGCAUUUUUCUCGGCUUUCCAUGCUUUUAUCAGGGAGUGGGCUCCCAAGUAUCCACAGAGCAGUCAGAUUUUUAGAACCGAUGCCUUUGACGAUGCCCUGGACGAUGAAAUUGGACCAGAUGAGCUUAGUGAUCACUCAGCCAAUGUUACACAAAGUUCAUCAAAGCCACGCAAACGCGCGACCAGAGAGAUUGUGCAGAACAAAGAGGGUGUUGAGCUCCGAGAACAAGGGAAGAAACGCGCCGAGGAAUAUGAGGCUCGCGCAGCCAAGAAUUUGAAACUCGCCACGCUAUCCAGCACCAUGACAGAAGGCGAGGCUCGACUGAUUAUCAACGAAAGUAAACAAGAUGGCCAGCCAUUCAUCUAUAUAAGCAGAAAAAUUGGUGAGCGCAUCAAAGACCAUCAGAUCAAAGGAGUCCGGUUUCUAUGGAAUCAGAUUAUUCUCAAUGCAGACCUCCGACAAGGCUGCCUUCUGGCGCAUACCAUGGGUCUGGGAAAGACGAUGCAGGUUAUUACUCUUCUAGUGGCGAUAGCUGAAGCUUCUCAUUCGGAUAAUGAAGCCAUAAAGGCGCAGAUACCUAUGGACCUGAGAACUUCACAGUCACUCAUCAUAUGCCCUGCUGGAUUGGUCAUCAACUGGCUUGAAGAAAUCAAUGCGUGGUCACCCGAAGGCAUACUUGGCAAUGUCUUCAAAGUCGAAUCAGCACAAAGCAAGUCAAACCAAAUCUCAACGAUUGAAUACUGGGCAGAAUAUGGCGGUGUUUUGGUUAUGGGACAUGAGAUGUUCAAAAGAACACGGGCCGAAAACGACAACAUGAAACAGAUAUUGACGGACAAAGCCAACAUUGUCAUUUGUGAUGAGGCCCACACAAUGAAGAAUCCUGACAGCCAGCUUCACCAAGUCUGCCAAGACUUUCUCACCAGAAGACGGAUUGCUUUGACCGGCUCCCCGUUAUCUAACAACAUCAAAGAGUACUAUUCAAUGAUAAAUUGGGUGGCACCAAGGUAUCUCGGACCCCAAAAGGAGUUUGCGGAUAUAUACGCAGAACCUAUUGAAAGGGGACUAGACAGGGAGAGUAGUUGGUCCGAGAAGCGCAAAGCCCUGAAAAUGUUGGAGGUAUUGAAGAUGACUGUUGCUCCCAAAGUGCAGCGAGCCACUGUCCAGGUUGUCAAGCAUGAGCUACCUCCAAAGUACGAAUUCGUCCUCUUCGUCAAGCCUAAUCCUCUUCAAGAAAAGCUGUACGGCAUUUACUUGAAUGAAAUGGUGGCUGCGUCAUCAAAAACGAGUGUAGUGAAAUUUGUGGCGCAACUCGGGGUUAUCUGCAACCACCCUCGCUGCUUUAGGCAACUGAUGCUGAAUGAAAAGGCAGCAUCGAAGACGCCAAAGGCGGCACAGCAGUCUGUAAGAGGCCCAGGAGAUGAGGGAACCGACGACGAAAGCGAGAGCCAUGGUCGGUCAACAAAAUUUCCCCCGAAUAUGAUCUCGACUGUUCUUAAGGAGACAAACGGGAAAGACAUAGCCAACCCUGAACUUUCGCAAAAGGUUGCACUCCUUCUCGUCGUGUUAGACCAAGCGCGCGCUAUGGGAGACAAAGUCCUCGUCUUUAGUGAGUCUAUUCUGACGCUAGACUACCUCGAGGAGCUGUUCAAACAGCAGAGACGAGCAGUACAGCGGCUAGACGGUUCCACACCCGUGAGCAAACGGCAAGGUAUGGUCAAGGCUUUCAACACCGGCAAGGCUGGAGAGUCGGAGAUCUACCUAAUCUCCACAAAAGCAGGCGGAGUAGGCCUCAAUAUACAAGGAGCAAACCGAGUCGUCAUCUUCGACUUCAAAUGGAACCCGGUUAACGAGCAACAGGCUGUUGGCCGAUCCUACCGGUUUGGACAACAGAAAACGGUAUAUGUAUACCGCUUUGUCAUUGCGGGCAGCUUUGAAGAAGGGCUACAAAACAGGUCGAUUUUCAAGACGCAGCUCGCAUCGCGUGUUGUAGACAAAGCGAACCCCAUUGCCUGGGGCAAGCGGAACGGAGAUUUGUUCAAGCCCAUGGCGACAAAGCCAGCCAGCGACCUCAGUCCUUUUCUAGGCCAAGACACCAUAUUGGAUAAGCUGAUAGAACUGUCAAAAGAUAACGGGGCCAUUCGGAAGAUUCUUUCGACAGACACGUACGAAGAAGAAGACCCUGCAAAUGAGCUAACGGCCGAGGAGAAGAAGGAUGCUCAAGAAUUGCACGACAUGGAACGGCUGAAGCAAACCGAUCCGGAAAAGUAUAGGAAAAUGUACGAAGAAAAACAAAGAGCAGCACAGAUUCGAGCUAUGGCCGACGCCGCUCGACCGCCUCAAGGCAUACAAAUGCAUUCAUCCCCAUAUCCAGCUCAUCCACAGUACAAUCAGCAAGCUCAGCAAGCUCAGCAACCACAGUACAAUCAGCAACCACAACAUAAUCAGCAAGCGUUUGUCAUUCCGGGACUUUCCUUCCAGCCAGUGCCAAAUGCCAACACUCCGUCGUUUUCGCAAGCACAACCAGCCCCCAUGGCGCCAGCUGCCUCUCGUGUGCACUUUCCAUCGUCGGCUCCUUUACCUAUACCAGGGGCGAACACAUAUAUCAUGAAUUCUGCUGCGUAUACUAACCCUUCCGGAAACAAAAAUGUUAUAAUGCCCUUCAGGCCUUCACCCACACCGCAACAAGGAGCAGAAUCUCUGCCAAGUCCUCCAGGGCCAAGUUCUGCACCGAUGUUGGCACUGACAUCUGGAAACCCGGAUACCACGAAUGUGCCAAAUACAACGACAUCAUUGUUCAGCCAGUCUCGAAAUCAUUCUAAGACAGACUUCGAGAAUGUGCUGGCUACGUUGGUGAACGAGCAGCGCGUACAAACAGUCAACGCAGCAGAGCUAGCAGAAAGAGUCACAGUGGGCAUUUCCGAAGCUCUGAAGAAGCAGGCGUGGGGAUUUCUUCCUGACAAUCACCGCUGGCGCCUGCUGGUCAGUCUCAUACGAGAACAUGACCGGCUCGUGCCGGCGAUAAUUUGGGGAAACUACACGCCUGAAUACUUGGCAACAGCGCCUGAAAAGGAAUUACAAGAUAGGAUCUUACUCAUGAAUAGCCAGACGCAAGGUGACUUUAACACUCAAUUGCAACGCAGUGCCAGUGCGCCUGAUCCAAGCAACUUGCACGACAAUAUUAAUAGGCCAAUCUCGCAGUCUCCCCGAGCCAGUGAAGAUGCCGAAGCCAUGCGGCAAACCGCUCAUAAUAGGACAGAGCGCAGUUUCCGACUACCGCCCUGGGCAAAUGACGCGCUUUCAAAAAGCAACACCCAGACCCCAUAA